GAAAAAGGGCAAAGUAGUAACUACACCCAGCAAAAAAGAUAUGUGGGAUGGGUUUUGACGUUGGACUGAACAGGAAGAACUUCGGUGUUCUGUUCUGUUCUAUUCUACCCUUUGUUCCAGUAACUACUCCGUUCACUGAGACUCAUUGAAUUGACCCAACUCAAUUCACCAACAACAUUCUGUGGGCUUUUCCAACUAAACCCCCAAAUUUCUUCCCUUUUUUGAGCUGCUUAGCAGUAUAAUCUCUGGGUUUUGAGUUUCAUUAAGUGUGUAGGGUUGGUAAGGUAUGGCAUGUAAUCUUGAAGAAUAUGAUGAUGUUUCCAUAUGGCCGCCUCAAGUUGAAAGAUAUUUCAUUGCCUUGUUGCUUAAGGAAUCCAAGAAAAGCUUACAUACUUCCACCCUAGAUAGAAAAACGUGGAAAGCCAUAGACAAUGAUUUGUUCUCGAAUUUUGGAAGGAGAUAUGACCUUGCGAAGUUGAAAUCAAAGUUCAAUCGAUUGAGAAAGAUGCAUCGUGAGUUCUCAAGUAUCUUGUCCCAAACUGGUGCUGAAUAUGAUCCUGAAACUAAUCUUAUUCGUGCUGAUGAUGAUUUUUGGGAUGCCUACUUGAAAAGACACCCUGGUGCAAAGCGGUAUCAAAGGAAAGGAUGUGCUCAUUACAAGUUGCUUGAUCAAAUCUUCAAGACUCUAUCCACAACAAACCGACCUCCACCCUAUGCAGCAACCCAUUCCCCAUCAAAAUCUGAGGAUGAGCAGCGGGUAGAAGAACCUGAAACUGUAGCAGAUGAUUUUGAGCCAACUGCCAACGUUGCUGAUACCAAUGAGUCUGGGACUUCUGCUACUGUUGCACGUUGUCAAGCUAUUCAUCCUCUUGAAAAUGUUCGGCCAACAAAACAAUAUAGAACCUCAGAGCAUUUAGGGGCGGAUAACAUACACGGGGGAUGGACCAACAAUGUGAAUUCUAAAAUCGAAGUAACUUUGGGGCCAUUUGACCGAGUUCAUAGGAGUAGUGAGAUGUCAUCAGAUUAUGAUCCAUACUCUGUAACUGAGUGCAUGGAUAUAUUGGAAUCCAUUCCAAAUGUGGCGAAUGCUUCUUACUUGAAGGCAAUGGAUAGAUUUUUGAUUCCCGAGUGGAGACAAAUGUUCGUCAAGAUGUCAGAGGGAAGACGAUGUAUGUGGUUGGAGAGUUUGAAAAGCUAAUCAGUACUCUUACCUAGGAGACUAAUGAGAUAUGGUUUCUACUAUUUUGUAUAUUCGUAAUUAGAAGAACAGCUAUGGUUGGAUCACUUGCCAUGUCGUCGAUCGAGUUGUAAAUGUUGGCUGGACAAAUUCUAAGAUCUUAUUAGUUGGUGUGGAUGAUACUUCAACACAAUUAUGCAACUAAUGUAUUUUCUGUAGCAUUAUUCUAACUUGUGAAGUGUAAUGACUCAACUAAAUUUGGUUGGGGAGUUUGUGUAAAGUGUAACCAAGUGAUGGGGGGGUGUAAAAAGCAUUGAGAGAUUUUCUAAGUUAGCAGUGACCCAUGAAUCUUCAUUGAACUCAUUCUUACAAGAAAAAUCAUUUAUGUUAUAAUGUAGUAAUGAGAUUGUCUUA